AUGGCACAAAGACACGCCUCCUUGUACUUCUUUGAUGGCAACAUCGCGCUUAUGGCCCCAAAUAAUUUCGGCGAAAAAACUGUCUUCCGAGUCCAUCAAUCAAUCCUAUCACAUUAUUCCAGCGUCUUUGCGGACAUGUUGACGAUGCCGCCUGUUCGGGAAGCCGAGACAUAUGAUGACGUUCCACUAGUAUACUUGCCCGACAACGCUGAGGAGAUUGAAUCCUUAUUGAAAACUAUAUACCUUCCGCGGUCCCCCCCGUUAUACCCACGCCUGACCCGAUGCGCACCUCGCAUAAUUUACCACCUCUUGAAUCUCUCUAACAAAUAUGAGAUGAACGAGCUUCGCCAUGACGUUGUUCUACAGUUGGAAGCAGAUUGGCCAACCUCGCUAGCUCGGUGGGAUCAACUAGAAGGUGAAAUCGCUGGAUUAGCCGACCCCGACGGUGAUUCUAUGCGCUAUUUGUUCCCCGAGGAUCCACUUCCAGAUCCCGCCUCCGCUAUUCAAUUGGCAUCCGAAUGUCGGGUUCCCACAAUAUUGCCUGCCGCCUUCUAUCAUCUUUCGCGGCUCUCCAUUCGUUGCCAGCCUGAUAACCCCUCUAGAUGCAAGCCAUGGCGCCGCACCGCGGAUUGGGGUCUCCUCACAGCGGGAGAUCUCCGGCGCCUCCUUCUAGGCAGAGAGGGUCUUCUGCAAGUCGCUGAUUCCAUGCUCGCGACCGGUGCUAGUGAUGUUGACAGUCAGAUACAUUGGGUGGUGGAUAGAUGUAGGGGAUCCGAACGAAUGGAAGUUAUGGAUAAAAUACGCGAAGAAUGCCAGAGUGCUCCAGAUAUCCUCGCGACUCUUCGCGGGCGUACUACAACAGAAGACCUCCUAACUUGUCAGAUUUGUCGCCGCAGGAUCAGAGACAGGCUAAAACAAGUUCGCCAUGCAAUAUGGACCAAGUUACCCAAAUUGUUUCAACUGGAGGAUUGA